UAUAUAGUACCUUAAAUUAAUUUCACAGUACACAUACAGUCAUCCCCAACUUAACGCCAGAUCAGAUCAGAGAAUUGAAGUUCAACAUAUAUGGGUGAUUGUGAUUCUACUGCAGGAGGAGUCGAAAUGUUGAAAAGGGAUAUUUCACCAGCUAACUUCAUAUUUAUGAUACGUUCAUUCUCUUUACUCUCUGAAACAGGGAAUGAGAAACAUGAAUCUGGAAGUUUCCAGGCGUGUGAUAAAAAAUGGAAGUUAUGUGUUUAUCCCAAGGGAAAGAAGAAGCAGCAGCAGGAGGCAGAUAAUGAAGAUGCUCAUAUCUCCCUCUACUUACAAAUUGUUGAUACUCAUAAUUUUCCCCUGGGAUGGGUGGUUCACGCUAAGUUUAGUCUCUUUGUUUAUAAUCAUGUUGAGGAUAAAUAUUUCACAGUCAAAGAUUCUGGUGGAGAAAAAGUGAGGCGGUUUCACUAUAUGAAAACUGAAUGGGGAUUCGAUCAGCUACUUCCUUUGUCGAUUUUCAAUGAUCCCUCUAAUGGAUAUCUGGUUGAUGACACAUGUGCAUUUGGAGCUGAGAUUGUGGUGGUUUCCAAUGCUACAAAAGGCGAGUGUCUUUCGUUGGUGAAAGAUCCAGAAAAUAAAAAAUACACUUGGAGAAUAAGCGGCUUCGCAUCAAAACAGAGAGAACAGCAGGUUAUUUACUCGGAUGAGUUCACCAUUGAAGGAAGCACAUGGAAGCUGCAGGUCUUUCCCAAAGGAGAUUCACGUGCGAAGGACAAAAAUUUGUCCCUCUUUCUGGAGUCAGUUGAUUCAUCAAACCUUACAGUUAAUAAUGGUAGAAAAUUAUAUGCAAAGUAUAAGCUACGGAUAUGCAAGCAAUUGAAACCAGGAGAAGACCAGGAAAAGGAAGCGACAUGUGUUUUUGGUGGCUCUCCUGCGGUCACCAGAUGGGGCUAUUACUACUUUAUGCUCCUUAACCAAUUGGAGAGUGUUGCAAAAGGUUUCCUACUUAAUGAUACCCUGAUUGUGGAGGUUGAAUUUAUGUCUUUGACUAAGUUCUCAGAGUUUUAGCUACUAUAUGGAUUCAUUUCUCACCUAUAUGUAAUAUCAUUUUAUUUAACACGCUUACUGUACUUUACAUUCUUGACAAUCAAAUUUACAAAGAAGAACUGAUCUGAUGAUUUAUUAUAUAUGACAAACUAUCCCAGUUACGAAAAAUGUAAUGAAUUGAAAUUCUGGCUGCUAUUCAAUAAUAAUUUAUUCAAAUUAUUAA